AUGCCCCUUAUGAAUCAGACGGCAAUUGCUUGUGAAAAGGUCAAGAGCAUGAGUGAACUCAGUGACGGUUACAACAUAGUUGCAAUUUCUCAGGGUAACAUGGUAGCUCGAGGACUUAUUGAGUUUUGUGACGAAGCACCUCCUGUGAAGAAUUACGUAUCACUUGCAGGUCCUCAUGCUGGGGUAGCUUCUCCUCCUUGUUCUGAACCGGAGGAGUGCUUGAUAUUGAACACCAUAAUCGAACAACUUGGGGUUUACAGCCAAUAUGUACAGGAAAACUUGGCACCUGCGGGUUAUAUUAAAAUUCCAGAUGAUAUUCCUGAUUAUUUACGAGGAAGUGAGUUUCUUCCAAGGCUCAACAAUGAACUCGCUAUUUGUAGAAACUCUGCUUACAAGGAACGGUUUGCUAGCUUGGAUAAUUUGGUGCUUAUCAUGUGUGAUCAAGACGAAGUUUUGGUACCUAAGGAAACCUCCUGGUUUGGGUUUUAUCCAGAAGGGCCGGAUUGGAUUUAUAAAGAUGUUUUGCCUGCAAAUGAGACAACACUGUACAAAGAUGAUUGGAUCGGUUUGAAAACCUUGAUUGAAGCCGGAAAGGUUCAAUUCGUAAAUGUGUCAGGACAGCAUGUGGAGAUUUCUGAUAGUGACAUAAUGAAAUAUAUUGUACCAUACUUAAACGGGUCUGUAACACUCUCAAUGGUGGAAUCAUCGUCCUCAUCAAUCUGAAAUUCAGGAUAGACCUGGAUCUGCUGCAUACUCUUGAGGUAAUGCAAGUACCAGUACCAUUUCCGCGUAAACCAGUGACCAAA